CAACAGGAGAGCACCGAGGCUCCCCAGUCGGCCCAGUGGUCUCAAAAAGACCUGGACUCCACAUUUGAGCCGCUGAAGAAGAACAUCCACAGGUAUGUGGAGAAUGAGCUACAGAGAAUCCUGAGGGUUUUAAGUCCAGAUUAUCAAGCAGGCGUGGAGAGUGAGAAUGAGGAUGAAGAUCAGAUGGAUAUCAGAGAUGUAACGCUGAAGCUCACUCUGCACUUCUUGAGAAGAGCUAAGCAGGGGGAGAUGGCUGACUAUCUGCAUAACAGGACGGUCACUGCAGUGUGCCAACAAAAACUCAAGUCUAACCUGAAGAAGAAGUUCCGUUGUGUGUGUGAUGGGAUUGCUAGAGAAGGAAUCCACACCCACCUGAACGACAUCUACACAGAGCUCUACAUCACAGAGGGAGGGACUGGAGAGGUCAAUGAUGAACACGAGGUCAGGCAGAUUGAAACGUCAAACAUGAAACCACACAGACCUGAAAAAACCAUCAAACAAGAAGACAUCUUUAAAGCUUCACCUGAAAGACAGGAACCAAUCAGAACGGUGAUGACAAAGGGAGUGGCUGGCAUUGGGAAAACAGUCGUAACGCAGAAGUUCAGUCUGGACUGGGCUGAAGGAAAGGCCAACCAGGACAUACAGUUCACGUUUCCGUUUACUUUCAAGGAGCUGAAUGUGCUGAAAGAGAAACAGUUCACAUUGGUGGAGCUCGUUCAUCUGUUGUUUCCUGAAACCAAAGAAGCAGGAAUCUGCAAGUUUGAAGAAUUCCAGGUUGUGUUCAUCUUCGACGGUCUGGAUGAGUGCCGACUUCCUCUGGACUUUAAAAACAACGAGAUCCUGACUGAUGUCACAAAGUCCGCCUCAGUGGAUGUGCUGCUGACAAACCUCAUCAGGGGGAAACUGCUUCCCUCUGCUCGCCUCUGGAUAACCACACGACCUGCAGCAGCCAAUCAGAUCCCUCCUGACUGUGUGGACAUGGUGACAGAGGUCAGAGGUUUCACUGACCCACAGAAGGAGGAGUACUUCAUGAAGAGGUUCCAAAAUGAGGAACAAUGCAGCGCUAUUAUCUCCCACAUCAAGACAUCGCGAAGCCUCAACAUCAUGUGCCACAUCCCGGUCUUCUGCUGGAUCAUUGCUUCAGUUCUGGAGGAUGUGCUGAAGACCAGAGAGAGAGGAGAGGGAGGAGAGGGAGGAGAGCUGCCCAAGACCCUGACUGAGAUGUACAUCCACUUCCUGGUGGUUACAUUCAAACUGAAGAACAUAAAGUAUGGUGGAGGAGAUGAGACGGAUUCACACUGGAAUCCAGAGAACAGGAAGAUGAUCGAGUCUCUGGGGAAACUCGCUUUUGAGCAGCUGAUGAAAGACAAGUUGAUCUUCUAUGACUCGGACCUGACAGAGUGUGGCAUCGAUAUCGGUGCAGCCUCGAAGUACUCGGGAGUGUUCACGCAGAUCUUCAAAGAGGAAAGAGGACUGUACCCGGACAAGGUGUUCUGCUUCGUCCAUCUGAGCGUUCAGGAGUUUUCUCGCUGCUCUUCAUGUCCAUCUGACGUUCACCAGCUCCGGAGUCAACCUGCUGUCAAAAGAACAAAAACAUCCAGGUGGUCCUUUAAGAGGGGAAACAAAUCAACACUUUUCUAUCAGUCUGCCAUCGACCUGGCCUUACAGAGUCCAAAUGGACAACUGGACUUGUUCCUGCGCUUCCUCCUCGGCCUUUCCCUGGAAACCAAUCAGAAGUACAUGCAAGUUCAGCCGACACCAAUAAGAGAGAACUCGCGGACUAAAAAGAAAACGGUUCAGUACAUCAAGAAAAAAAUCCGUGCUAAUCUGCCUGCAGAGAAAAGCAUCAGUCUGUUCCACUGUCUGAAUGAACUGCAGGAUAGUUCUCUAGUGGAGGAGAUUCAGGAGUCCCUGAGAUCAGGAAAUCUCUCCACAGAUAAACUGUCUCAUGCUCAGUGGUCAGCUCUGGUCUUUAUCUUACUGUCAUCAGAAAAAGAUCUGGACGUGUUCGACCUGAAGAAAUACUCUGCUUCAGAGACGGCUCUUCUGAGGCUGCUGCCAGUGAUCAAGGCGUCCAACAGGGCUCUGUUGAGUAGCUGUAAACUGUCAGAGAGAAGCUGUGAAGCUCUGUCUUCCAUCCUCAGCUCUGAGUCCUCUCGUCUGAGAGAGCUGGACCUGAGCAACAACAACCUGCAGGAUUCAGGAGUAAAACUUCUGUGUGAUGGACUACAGAGUCAGAACUGUAAACUAGAGACUCUCAGUGUGUCAGGUUGUCUGAUCACAGAGGAAGGCUGUGCUUCUCUGGCCUCAGCUCUGAACUCCUCCAACCUGAGAGAGCUGGACCUGAGCUACAAUCAUCCUGGAGAACCAGGAAAGGAGCGGCUGUCUGCUCGACUGAAGGAUCCAAACUGCAGACUGGAGAAGCUGAGUUUGGACCAUGAUGGACCGCAGAGACUGAAACGUGAUGUGAGGAAAUACGCUUGUGAACUGGAACUGGACACAAACACAGUGUACAAGUUCCUCAAACUGUCUGACAACAACAGAAAGGUGACGCGUGUGUUGGAGGAAGAGCGGUAUCCUGAUCACCCCGACAGGUUUGAACACUGGCCUCAGCUGCUGUGCGGGGCCGGUGUGACCGCUCAGUGUUACUGGGAAGUCGAGCUGAGCGGACGAGUUCUUGUAUCGAUGACUUACAGAGGAAUUACAAGGAGAGGAUUCAGUAAUGAAUGUGCGUUCGGAUGGAACGAUCACUCCUGGAGUAUGAUCUGCCAUGACCGUGGUUACAUCGUCAGACACAACAACAAAGAAUCAGAGAUCCCCUCCACCUCCGUCUCUAACAGAGUAGGAGUGUAUGUGGACUAUCCUGCAGGCACUCUGUCCUUCUACAGAGUCUCCUCUGACACACUGAUCCACCUCCACACCUUCAACACCACAUUCACUGAACCUCUUUAUCCCGGUGUCGCACCCUGGUCAGUAGGCUCCUCCGCAUCCCUGUGUCCUGUAUCGUAUUGAGGCUAUCUCUCCAUUAGCUACAUGUGUACAGUGAAUGACAGACGGAAGUGGAUAAUUAUCUUAACUCCCUGUAAUGCAGAAUAGGAAAUGUAAAAGCUCUCGUUACUUUAAGUGUAAUAGCCGACGACUACAUGAGAUCGGAAUCAGAAUCGGGGUUUAUUGCCAAGUAAAUUUACACAUACAAGAAAUUUGACUUGGUGUAUUGGUGCUAAACAAU